AUGAUGGCCAACUUGAAUGAUCAGAGCAACGGCUCACACACAGACUAUGAGGCCAUCCACGCGGUUGACGGAGUCACGGCUUUACCAGUCACAUCGGCCAACACGGCGCUCGAGGAUCAAGAAAGUCGCGAUAGACGUGAGUCUAGAUUUGCGGGGGCUGCCGACUCCACCUCAUCGUCGGCCGCAGAAAUAGGGAGUCCAGGUCCAGUCUCACCACCACUGCAACCACAAUCGUCUCUACUGCUGUGGAAUACACGGGAAGGCAGAAUUGCUGGAUACAAACGCAUGAUCCAGACAAAUGACCUUCCAGAGCAGCGGGCCAACUUCGAGGCGCUUAUAAAGUACUACGGAGAUGGCGGCAAAGUUCCUGAAGGAGAUGAGGAGGUUUGGGCAUUUGAUGGGCAGGUCUCCUUUGGCAUCAGGUUCUACACAAACCUCAAUCAGCCGCCUGACGGAUGCUUUAAAAAGCACAGGUACUGUGAUGUAAGAGGCUACCGCAUCCGCUGA